GGUUUAAGGGAGAAAUUCUUCAUUCAGAAAGUGGUGAUGCUGUGGAUGCUCUGUCCCUGCUAGGCGUUCAUGCCCAGGCUGGUUGGACUGCCUGCUGUAGCCGAGGCUGUGGUUCUCCUUGGCUUUUGCCCUUCCCGAUAAUCAGCGUGCACUCUGACCUCGGGGGGCCCUGCAGGCAGAGCGGCUCCGACACCACCGCGCGCAGAUCCCGCUGCUAUUGGGGCAGCUCGGCCGGCUCCGCGCCGGGCGGGGCCGAUGCAGGUGUGCGCCCGCAGCGCCGCGUGGGUUCCGCGAGGCCGCUCCCGUGCCGGCGGCAGGUGAGGAGGCUUGCGGGCAGACAUCGACCUCGGCGCGGCCCCUCGCCGCGGCGGGAGGAAGAAAAUACCGCUAUGAGGCUGCUCCUGCUGGCGUGCCUCCGAACGCACACCGGCAACGCGACCACGGCGGCCAGGAUACGGAGUCAUCUGCACGAUGCAGGUCACAUCUGCAUUCUCAAAGAUGCUUCCAGGUGUGAAAGUCUGACUGAAAUAGCGAAUCUAACCUCUGCAGAUCAAUUUGAUGCAGCCCUGGCCAUUCAUCUUUAUAAAGGAGGCAGACAUCUGCAAGGUAGCAGAAUUCCUUUUGGAAUCAUCUUUGGAGGAACAGAUAUAAAUGAAGACAUCAGAAGUGAAGAGAAACAUCGGGUAAUGGGAGCAGUGCUAAGAGAAGCCAGGUUUGCCGUGGCUUUCACGACGAAAAUGAAGGAACUGGCAGCAGCAGAGUGGCCAGAUGCUAGCAAGAAAAUAUAUGUCCAAUAUCAAGGAAUCAGGACUACUCCCACUGAAACGUUUGACUGGUGUAGAUUUCUACAAAAUGCAGACAUUCCUGCAGAUACAGAGGAUUUACACGUAUUUCUCCUGAUAUGCGGACUUAGAAGAGUCAAAGACCCUCUGUAUUUAGUAGAUGUCUUCUCAGACUGGCACAGAAAGGAGCCCACUGUUCACCUGGGCAUUAUUGGACCUGCAGUCGAUCCACUUCUCACACAUGAGGUGAAGGAGAAAAUCAAAAGGGCACCUGGAGUACAUUUAUUACAGGAGAUGCCACAGGAUGAUCUUCAUGCUGCUAUGAGAAGGUGCUUUGCUGUAGUAAACAGCUCCAUUUCAGAGGGGAUGUCUGCUGCAAUUCUGGAGGCAAUGGACUUGAAUAUUCCAGUACUUGCAAGGAACAUUCCUGGAAAUGCAGCAAUAAUAAAACAUAAAGAUACAGGACUGCUAUUUUCAGAUCCCCAGGAGUUUGUUGCGCUGUCCAAGAGUUUGAUGAAUGACCCCAUUAUGGAAAGAGAAAUUGUAACAAGGGCCAAAGACUAUGUGAAGAAAUAUCACUCAUGGGAAUGCGAGAGAAAAGCCUAUCAGAAUCUUGUCCUAAGACUCCAGUGAACUGCCAGACCCAGCAGUCUGUGUAGAGCACUUUAAUGAUGGAAAUGUAAUUAGAUUUGGGUUUCUCUGGGUUUCUUUUUGGAAGAGAUAGUAAGACAUGCAUUAUUAUUCUAUUCAAAUGCACCAACAUCACAGGAGUUGCCUGCUACUUCAAACUAUCAAAUUUAUCUAAUUCAGCACACUGUCUCUAGUGUACCAAUUCAUCACAGACCAGUAUCAGUUUCUAAGAUCACAUAGGAGAAAUAUAUUCCUUGAGCAGACACAUAUUUUUUGUGUAAAGUCCUCAGAAGGAGGAUGAUUUCUUGUAUACAGUGCAGCGCUUCACCACCAAGAGCUUAUGUCAAAUGUUGUGAUCAUGUUGCAUCCUAACAAAAUGCAGUAUAGAAUCUUAGAAGCGUAGAAUGGCUUGGGUUGAAAUGGAACAUACAGACCAUCCUGUUCCAACCCCCUGCUGUGGGUAGGGUUGCCAUCAACCAGAGGAGGCUUUCAGGUCCCCAUCCAACCUGGUCCUGGGCACACUACCAGGGAUGGGACAUCCCCAGCUUCUCUGGUCAGCCUGUACUACUUCACCAACCUCCUCAUAAGAAAUCUCCACCUAAUAUCUGAUCUAAAUCUCCCCUCUUUUAGUUUAAAGUCAUUUCUCCAGAAGCAGUUUUUCUUUCCACUUAUACCAAUCUGAAUGUUUGGGUACGUGUGACAUGCACAUUCAAGUACUUAAAGCCAUGACUAAAUAUACAGAGUACAAAAUUAUUAAGAUGAAAGCCUUCUUCAGGCUAAAAGACAGAUGUAUCUAUUGAUAUUGAUGUAUACAUUGAUAAACAAAGUGUUGAUGCUUAGGGAAAACAAAAAAUAUAGGAAAUGUUUUUUCCUGCCCUAAAGGUACCUGGAUUCCUUUCAGCUUAGCUGGUAUGGCUGAACAGUAACACGUCUGCAUUUUCUCUUGAGUCCUGAUUGUAAUCAUGUAGGUUGGCACAGCACCUGACGGCCAUACAUGGUUUCUCAUUCCAGAAUUGCAUGGUACUGCCCUCGGCAGCAAGAUGUGCUUGCAGGCAGGGAUGCUUUGUUACAUAAACUACCUCUUAAUUUGCCAGUUACUUUGGUACCUUGGUUAUUUAUCUAUUUGCUAAAAGAUUUAUGAGAGCUAUAAAAAGGAAUGAAGGGGGAAAAAAAAGUAUUUUUCAAUCUACUAUGUAUUUUGGAACUGUUCAUUCUCAUUUGUGGUUCUCAGGAUAUAUUUUAACACACUGCAGUAGGCUAUUUUAAAGGGAGACUUAACUAUACUUGAAGCCCAUGCUAAUCAUUUUUGCUAGCACAGUGAUUAUGGACAUAUCUUUGAUUCCAUAACUGGUCAUCAAAGAACUUGUAUUUAUAGAAGGAAGAGUGUCAAACUUUCAAUUCUGACUGAAAAACUGUACACUUUGUAUAGAUUUGAUCCCGUUCCCAUGACUGUGAGUUUUCUAUUGAUUUGAAUGGCUAUUCUGUCUGACUUUUCUUUGUAAGAAUGGAGUUCAGUCCAUCUUUUAAGCUUUUCUCUGUAUUUUGGAUGUUUUGCAGCCACUGGGAGCGUAAACAAAAAAGGAAUUUGAAUGUUGUGUGUUGACUUCUCUAAAACAUAUCCCCCUUUUCCUUGUAAUGUGCUCAGCAUUGCCUUCGAUAACAUGGGACAUCACAAUCCCCAAGGGCAAAAGCAGCCUAAUCUCAAAUCAGAGAAUAGCUACACACCCUUUUAAGCACAUUUCUCUGAAAUCUUUGUUGUCCCCUUUACACACUGGGAUGUGAGUGCGCCUGCACUAAUUCUCAGCUUAGAAUGCAUCUACCACUGAACAGCUUCUCAUUCUGCCUCCGCAUCUUUCUUUGGACAUCUCUGUUAGCAGGAUUAGCAGGGCCUCUUGUAGUAUUGCAGUCUGUCUUUUAGGCACAGCAAGCUCUGUGUUAAGGGAGGAACCCCUCUGACACUGAUUUCAGCAUGAUGAAUGUGGUAGGGGACGCUGAUAGACAAUAGCAAUAAAUGGUCUUUUUUUUUAAUCUAAGUGAGCAUACUGCAGGCUGUGCUGGUCCUCUUAAAACACCUCACGUCUCCUCUGCCCAUGUGUCUCUGAUACUCCACUUAUUUGGCACUAAUCCAUUGGCCUUCCCCACUCCUGUGGCAUCUAUCAUCUCCUGAGAAAUACAGAUUAUUAACAAAUAAACAAAUACGUAACGUGCGAUAGAAAUUAGCUAUACUUCAAAGCAUUGAGCUAAUGGUAAUAAAUGAUUGGAAACAGUCACAAUUAGAAAGCUUUUCCCAAAGUGUAGAAUGUUUAUCAGCAAGCUUCAAGGAACUAAAUAGAUUGAACUGGAAUUUGUGUUAUUUCCAGCAAAACAAAACAUGUGCAAGUGAGAAAUUCUGCUA